AUGGAUCAGUCUGGAACACUGGUCUUCCUCCUUUUCUUGCCCCUUUUAUGGAUCGUUUGGCUCGCGAUGAUUAUAAGCAAGCCUGCCAUCAUAUUUCACAUUUCUCAGACAUUCUUCAACUUUCUCGCAAUGGCUUGCUUUGCAAGCGUAGCCAGUUUUCAAGCAAAGUGGGGAAUAGGGCCUUCUGGUCUCUCAGGAUUCGCGAUCUUCGUGAGCGUCACAGGAAUAUUCCUAUCCCUAUUCCUCCUCUUCGUACCUGUCGUAUACGAGAAAUACGACAAACUCAUUCGCCUAGCCCGUACCCUCAAAGAAGUACGCGUCGGCUUCAUCCUCGUUGGCAGCGGGUGCAUUUUCAGCCUCCUCAUCGCAUUCAUCACCACAAUCUCAGCGUGGACAGAGCCUGGUUGCAAAAACGCAGAUAACGAUCCUCACGCGAGCCUUGGCGACGCGUUUACGAGCGCUCUCCCUGGUUGGUGCAGUACAAAGAAAGCAGGUGCUAUAUUCUUUUGGUUAGCGUUCGGCUUCUGGCUCGCAUCCUUCAUCUUGCUUAUCAUUGACUGGCGCUCCGGAAACCUCACAUCCCCACCCCGCGAUCUCCCAUUCACGCGUCCCCACUCUGACAUCGAAGAAGUCGAAGAAGUAGAAGUCGAAGAAGAAGAAGAAGGCGGACACUCAUACCAACCCGUCGCCACCAACACAGCGCCCACAUACCCCCGCCAAUCAGCAUACGACAACUCUAACGCCUCCGCAUCUCCGUUCGCAGACUCCAACCGCCUCUCAGCCGCUCCCACUAAUACCAAUACAACCUACCUACCCUCAAUCAACACAAAUCGUUUCUCAACAGCAGACUCAAGUGCUAAUCGCACAUCUGCAUAUUCAACCGCACCCACUACUACCACCGCUCCUACUACAAGCACCAACACGGGUUACGCUACUUCUAGACCUAGUAUGGACGCGUAUGGCGCGUUUUCAGACCCUGCACCGAGUGGAUUCGGGGGCGUGUCAGCGUCAUAUGCGCCCACUGCCUCAGAUUCUGGGUCUGGGGCGCCGAAAGUGAGUAGGACGAUGCAAUAUGCGGAUCCGUAUGCUGCUGUGCGGGCAUCGCUGGCGACGAGCACAGCUACGGGUGCGCCGGCUCCGACAAAAUCUAGCUACGAACCGUAUACUGGGUACCGAUAG